AUCUUGUGCUCAAUAUUGUUAUUAGCACGUUUGAUCCAAGCAAUUCGUUCUACUCACUUUAAAAGAAGACCUUCAACACCAACCUCAAAAAGCUCAACCCGAUCUACAACAUGUCGAACUUAUAUCCUUCUUGGCAGUGGUGGCCAUACUGGGGAAAUGAUGAGAUUACUUUCAGAAUUACCAUUUGAUCGAUAUACUCCUAGACUUUAUAUCAUCUCAUCAGGUGAUAAACUUAGUAAAACCAAAGCACUUGAAUUAGAAGCAAACAAAUCUAAAGGAGAUUUUUCAUUCUUGGAAAUUCCUCGAGCUAGAAGAGUUCAUCAAUCGUUUUUCACAACUCCUUGGUCCACCGUGGUGUCUUUAAUAUACUGUCUUUGGUAUAUUACACUUUCAAGACCUUAUCCUGAUCUCGUUCUACUUAAUGGUCCAGGCUCGUCCGUACCGAUCGCAUUGGCUGCCUUCUUACCGCGUAUAUUACAUCUCAGAGCUUCUCCUCGAUUGAUAUACGUUGAAUCUUUAGCUCGAGUUCAAAGAUUGAGUUUAUCUGGUACUAUUCUAUUACCAUUCAUGGAUGUAUUUAUUGUUCAGUGGGAUAGGCUU